AUAUAGAGAGGAUGAGAGAAGGCGGGGGCGCUUUACGACAUUUUAAUGUUGAACACAUCGAUAGCAGAAAACAGAACGCAGACAGAGUACUUGGUGGAGUAGAGAAACACCACCACCACCACAACCUUCCCUCCCUCGAAAAACACCUUAAUCCACCCUGCGUAGUGUACAUUAUCCACGAAGACAAGGUGAAGAACAUUAAAGUCUAUACAUGCAGGUGAAGGGGAUGCCCUUAACCUUUGAUUUUGAGGGGAAGGGGGUGCUGGAUUUAGAGCUGCUUGUCAAUAAAUCAUCUUGUUGCGGCAGAAAUAAUUUCGAGGAGAAUUGCUUUUUGAAUAGUUUUUGUGAGCCUAUAUCUGUCCUGGAUACUGUUAGGAGUCCCAGCGGGCUGACUUCGUCGUCAACGCUGUCUUCGUCCUUAGGCGGUGCCGGCAGUAUACCUGGUGGCGGUGGUGGGGCUGGUUCUACUGACACGGCCGACGUGACGGCGGUUUCAGGGAAUAACACCAAUUUAAGUUCCAAAUGGAGGCAAGACUCCACUGCCACCAGCUCCAAUGCCGGAGCUGAUUAUGAGGUCCUCCCUGUUCCUCCGUCUCUCCAGAUCCGCAACAUCUCUGCCAUCACCACCGCGACUCCAAACACUGAAAAAUGUUCAAUGGACGAGUGGGAGAGCGUAUUGUCGGAGUCUGUUGCUGCCUCCCCCAGCCAAGAUCAGUCCAUCGUACGGUGGAUCGUGGGGGAUGUGGAGGACCCUUCAAUGGGCAGCCUGAACAAGGUCUACCAAAUCGGUUGUGGCCCGCAGGCGGCGGCGGACUUUGAGUUCAAUGGCGGGUUUGGGGCUGUGGAUCAAACAUUUGGUGCGGACCCAGUUGGCCAAUUUGGUGUAAAUUUUCUCUCCCCAGUUCCCACCUCUGUGCCCAAUUUAAAUUUCGCCACGAACAGAUCCGGGAACCCAUCUUCAAAUCUGCCCAAUAACGUGUUCCCUUUGGUGCCUAACAUUUUUGGAGCAUUUGAUACUCCACAGAUGCUGAUAAACCAGAACCAAUCUCAACACCCAACGGACCCCUCGUUUUUCAUGCCAAUAUCAUAUACCCAGCAGCCGGAACAGAAUCUAUAUAUGCCACCACAGGCGAAAAGGCACAACCCUGGUGGGGCGAUUGGUGUAGGUCUUGAGCCGCCGGGCAGCCAAAUCCUCAAAGGUCCCUUUUUGGAUACUGGGCAAGAGCUUUUAAUGGCAAGACAACAACCGUAUAAUUACCAGCAGCCACCGCCUGAGGGCCUUUCUCACCAGCUUCAGUUCCUUCCUCAUUAUCUACAGCAAAUUAGGCCGGCAGCAGCAAUGGAAUCAAGUCCAAAGCCAAAAAUGGAAGGGGAUGAAUUUGGACAUUGCCCUCAGCAACAGCAACAGGCGAUAAUUGACCAGCUAUUCAAGGCUGCUGAGCUGGUCCAGACUGGAAAUCCGGCACUCGCGCAAGGGAUAUUGGCGCGGCUCAAUCACCAGCUCUCUCCCACUGGUAAGCCUUUCUUUAGGGCUGCUUUCUUUUGCAAGGAAGCAUUGCAACUUCUCCUUCAUACUAACAACAAUAUCAAUUCCUCUACUGUCACUGCAUCUCCGUUUAGUCUCAUAUUUAAGAUUGGUGCCUACAAAGCCUUCUCAGACAUCUCCCCCGUCCUACAGUUUGCAAAUUUUACUUGCAACCAAGCCCUCCUUGAAGUGGUGGAAGGAUUUGAUAGAAUUCAUAUAGUAGAUUUUGAUAUCGGGUAUGGUGGGCAAUGGGCCUCACUGAUGCAGGAGCUUGCAUUGAGGAGUGGUGGUGCACCGUCCUUGAAAAUUACUUCAUUUGCCUCAUCCUCAACCCAUGACCAAUUAGAGCUCGGCCUUACCAGGGAGAAUCUAAUUCAGUUUGCUAAUGAAAUCAAUAUUGCAUUUGAGUUUGUGGUUAUGAACAUCGAUGCUUUGAAUUCUGGUUCAUGGUCUAUGCCUUUUCAUGUAUCGAAGAAUGAGGUGGUUGCGGUGAAUCUUCCGGUUGGUUCUCUUGCAAGUUACCAGUUGUCAGUACCUUUGGUUCUUCGUUUUGUAAAGCAGCUUUCACCGAAAAUUGUGGUUUCUGUGGACAGAGGAUGUGAUAGAACUGAUUUACCAUUUCCCAACCACAUUAUUCACGCACUUCAAUCUUAUUCUAACUUGCUUGAGUCCCUAGAUGCUGUCAAUGUGAAUAUGGAUGCACUGGAAAAGAUUGAAAGGUUCUUGCUACAACCAAGAAUUGAAAAAAUUGUAAUGGGCCGAUUUCGAUCCCUUGAAAAGAUGCAGCAUUGGAGGACUCUGUUUUUAUCAUCUGGGUUUUCCCCUAUUACUUUUAGCAAUUUCACAGAAUCACAAGCGGAUUGUCUUGUGAAAAGGACUCCUGUUCGAGGAUUCCAAGUUGAGAAAAGGCAGUCUUCACUUGUUCUUUGCUGGCAACGGAAAGAACUGAUCUCUGCAUCCGCUUGGCGAUGCUGAAAUUGUUAGUAGAUUUCUCGAUUCUGCCUUAUUGUGAACCUGCCUUUAGAGGCACAAUCCCUUGAACAUUUAAAUUUUCUCGCAACUUGACUCCCCUUUGCUAAUUGUAUUUGUGACGUAGACAUAUUGUUUCCACCAUUGAAAUGAACCAGGCAUUUUAGUACUGGAUAUCCAGAUAUAGUUUGCGUUGAAAUCUGUUAUUGCUAUUACCUUUGAAAGGUGUAAUUCGUUGUCGAAUAUUUGUCUUAACUAUACAAAUACUUUUGUUAUGCUGAAUUU